CUCUAAAUAUAAGUAUUCCGCAAGCAUCAGACAAACAAAUGGGGAAAAGAAACAGGUGGAAAGAGUGCUGAAGUGCUUGUCUAUCGGUAAAGCUCAUUAAUUCCAGCAGCAGCGCGUCUGUAUGAGGUUAUAUGGAAACGGUGAGCCUGACAGAAAUAAUGCAGCUCGCGCGCUCCGGCUAUGUGGCACUGAGGUGCGAGAGCCGCCGGCCUCCAAACGUCUAAUUGAUGACAACGAUACGUGAGCUAAUGAGAAACGCCGGCCUUCGAACUCUGGCAGGAGCGUCAUGAUCCGCAUUUAAACCAUGUCAGAACCCUGCAAGACUUUCAAGGGGCUCUGCAAGAUUCUUGUCCGGCCCAUAUAAACGCCGGCGAGCGUCUCCGAGAGCCAAACCUUCCUCCGAGUCUGCAGUCAUGAGAGGUUUGUCGUAUUCGCAGAAGAGCCUGAGCGUCAGCGGCUCCAGCCGGAUGAGGGUCCAGAGCCCGUCUCCGUCCCGAUGCCGUGGAUCCUCGUACAGCCGCGGACGGACCGGAUUCCAGGGCCAGGCGGUGGAGGUGGCCACCGAGAUCCAUCAGCAUCACACCAACGAGAAGGAGGAGAUGCAGGAGCUGAACGUGCGCUUCGCCGGAUACAUCGAGAAGGUCCAGGCGCUGGAGCAGAGGAACGCCGCUCUGAGAGCCGAGCUGGAGGCCCUUCAGGGACGCUUCAAGGGAGGGCCCACCGGCCUCGGGGACGAGUACGAGCUCAAGUUUAAGGAGAUGAGGGAUCUGAUCGAAGCUCUGACCGCUGAGAAGGGCGCAGCUGAUAUCGAGAGAGGCUACAUCGAGGAGGAGGUGGAGGUCUGGAGACUCAAGCUGGAGGAGGAGCUGGCCAUCAAAGAGGAGGCUGAGAUGAUUCUUCGCGAGUUCCGUCAAGACGUGGACAACGCGACGCUACAGAAGGCCGACCUGGAGAAGCGCAUCGAGCAGCUGGUGGGCGAGAUCGAGUUCCUCAAGAAGCUCCACGACGAGGAAGUCGCCGACCUCCUCAAGCAGAUCGAGGAGUCCAAGGUGACGGUGGAGCUGGACUCCGACAGACCGGAUCUGGCCGCUUACCUGCGCAACAUGCGCGCCGAGAUCGAGUCUGUGGCCGCUCGCAACGUCCAGGAGGCAGAGAAGUGGUACAAGGGCAAAUUUGACACUCUGAAGGUCCAGGCCGGCAAACACGAGGGCCAGAUGAAGACCAUGAAGGAGGAGAUCAGCGUCUUCCACAACCAGGUGACGGACCUGCAGAACCAGAUCGACGGGCUGCGGGCGAGGAACACGGCGCUGGAGCAGCAGCUGGAGGACAUGGAGGCGGCGCACCUGGACAAGGCGGCCAGUCUGGAGGACAUCAUCGUCCAGCUAGAGAGCCAGCUGUGCGAGACUAAGAUGGAGAUGGGAAAAUACAUGGCUGACUACCAGCAGCUGCUCCACAUCAAGCUGAAGCUGGACGCGGAGAUCGCCACCUACAGGAAGCUGCUGGAAGGAGAGGAGAAGCGGCUCGGGAUCUCCACCGCAGAAGCAGUGACAGAAGAGAGAAGCACAUCUGUGUCCCGUACUGUAGAGACACACACGGCCAUCGCCUGAAGAUCAGCCUCCACUAAACCAUGACCUGCUGAACUAGCUGAGAUAACCAGGCCUCCUGAGACUCGAUGAACAGAACCGGCUCAAUGUCACCAGGCACUAAAUAAAGCUUGAU